AGAGCAGCCGCGGCUCAGCGAGGCCGGCCGCCGGGUACUUCCUGUGGAGGCCGCAGCAGGCGCGAGCGCCCAGGACCUGCCAGCUGAGCCUUCCGCCGCCGCCAUGGGACAGAACGACCUGAUGGGCACGGCCGAGGACUUCGCCGACCAGAUUAUUGGUGAUUACGUCACUGCUGGCUAUUUCUAGGACAUUAGGACCAUGAAGUAGAAACUGGGAUGUUCCUUCGAGUCACCAAGCAGUACCUGCCUCAUGUGGCGCGCCUCUGCCUGAUCAGCACCUUCCUGGAGGAUGGCAUCCGCAUGUGGUUCCAGUGGAGUGAGCAGCGUGACUAUAUCGACACCACCUGGAGCUGUGGCUACCUGUUGGCCUCAUCCUUCGUGUUCCUCAACCUGCUGGGACAAUUGACUGGCUGUGUUUUGGUGCUGAGCAGGAACUUCGUGCAGUAUGCCUGCUUUGGGCUGUUUGGAAUCAUCGCACUGCAGACAAUUGCCUAUAGCAUUUUGUGGGACUUGAAGUUUCUCAUGAGGAACCUGGCUUUAGGAGGAGGUUUGCUGCUGCUCUUGGCAGAAUCCCGCUCAGAAGGGAAGAGCAUGUUUGCUGGUGUCCCAACCAUGCGUGAGAGCUCCCCCAAGCAGUACAUGCAGCUUGGAGGAAGGGUCCUGCUGGUCCUGAUGUUCAUGACCCUCCUUCACUUUGAUGCCAGCUUCUUUUCUAUCAUCCAGAACAUUGUGGGCACAGCUCUGAUGAUCUUAGUAGCCAUCGGUUUUAAAACCAAGCUGGCAGCUUUGACUCUCGUCGUCUGGCUGUUUGCCAUCAACGUGUAUUUCAACGCCUUCUGGACAAUCCCGGUAUAUAAACCCAUGCAUGACUUCCUGAAAUACGACUUCUUCCAGACCAUGUCAGUGAUUGGAGGCCUGCUCCUGGUGGUGGCUCUUGGCCCAGGGGGUGUGUCCAUGGAUGAGAAGAAGAAAGAGUGGUAACACACAGAUCCCUCCCCUCCCUGGCUGAGGCACAGGGCCCUGGCCUGGUUCAGGGCAGAGUCAACAAACUGCCGGCGUUUGUGUGUCCUUCUCCCUUCCCCUCCCUUGGUAAAGGCACAGAUGUUUUGAGAACUUUAUUUGCAGACACCUGAAAAUUGGAGAUAAAAUCUUUGGAAAUAGUCUGGAGUCUUGACUGUCCAGGGCUGGCGAGCUGGAUGGUCACUCCUUAGCCAAGGCUUGGAGGAGACAGCGUGCUGGGCUGUGGCCUCAUUCCUCCUGUCUCCGAGUUCCUUUUGGGGAAGUCGUACUGAGCUGUAUUUUUAUCAUUCAAAGCAGUUUCCCUUCUUAGUUUUGAGUUUACAUCCUUAGCUCAAACUACUAAAUGACUUAGGAUAGUCCAGCCAAACACCAAACGGUUAAACCUCCAGUUCAGAAUUCUACCAGUGGCCCCAGCAUUGCUUCUGCCCCUGUAUUUUAUAGGAUCAGUGAAGAUGUUAGAGAAACCAAGUCAAGAGAACAGUACAGUAUUGGAAAGGUGGGUGUUACUGCUGUCCCAAGUCCUUGAUGUUAGCUAGCUGGAUGCUGUUUACUGGGUGAAAGGUACCUUGGGAGUUUUCAUGGCUCCAAGCAGGGAUGGGAUGGGGUAAGCAGCAGGAAGUUCUUAGAAAGCUGCUAUCCCUCAAGCUUGGUGGUGGAAAGGGCAGGAGAGCAGGCUGCUCACAGGAUGGCCCACACAACCACCAUGGAACCAGCCUGGGAACAGCGAUGCCAUGGGGCCCAGAAGUGAGGAGUCCCAGUACUCAAGACACCCAGGCUCAACCCAGUUACCUCACACUUGACCUUCUCAGAGCAAGGCCUGAACUCCACAGGUUGUGGUCCCCAACCCCCAGCUUAACUCCCUGUUCCAGGCUGAGCCGACCCCGUCGACAGCCCUGAUACCACCAUUCCCCUGAGGCUGUUGCUUGCUCAGAUUUUUGUCAACUUGCUCUGCUGUAUGCAGCCAAGAUACUUUUUACAAUUUGUGAUGCCUUACCAAUUUGAUCUCAGUCCUGUAUUUAAAGUUUUCUAACAUUGCCUUACACCGUGUUUCUCUUUUUGGGGGAGGGGUGGGGUGUCUAAUGCUGUGGUCUUGCUCAUCUGCAUGGUAGUGCCAUGAGGGUAGUUGGGUUCCUCCUGGAUCUCUCCCAGGUCUGUUGGAGAGAACAGACAGACUUAGAACCCCUGGAGGGAAGCUGGCAGCUUACCUCACCCUUGGGUACAGAGUCUUGGAGGUCCUCCUUUCUGGCAUCAGCUGGGUAGGCAGGACUUUGUUCUCUGAGUCACUUUGGGUCAGUCCCUUGCCUCGCUGGCUCUGCAGGCUGAAUUCACCUUCUCAACACCUAGCCCAUGUUUUCCUGCAGCCUUAUGGCCUGCCUAUUCCUCCCAAGUGAGUUCCAGCACUGGCUCAGGCCAUGCUAGUUCUUUACCACAGAGCUGCCUCAGUGCACAGCCACCUGCAGUGGCAGCCCCAUGACAUUCCAGUCUGUGGAGUGGGGCAGACCCUGGGAGGCAAGUGCAUGCCGUGCAGCAGAAGCCCUCGUCCCAGGGUUACUUAGCCCUUUGACCAGCCUCCUGUGGGUUCUGCCUGGGAUGGGAACCCUCAUCCCAAGGGUACUUGGCCCAUUUACCAGCCUCCUGUGGGGUGCGCCUGGGACGGGAGAAAACAAUGAUACACAUAUUGGUUUGGCAAAAGUUUUCUGAAGAUGCUUUAGCUUUAUGUGGGAAUAGGUAUAAACCUCAUUUUUAUGCUGUAUUUUAUAUCUUAGUUGUGUUUGAAAAUGUUUUGAUCUUUGGAAACAUCAAAAUAAAUAAUGGCAUUUGUGGUA